AUGAUAGAGAAGAAAAGAAAUUGGCCUUUCGAUCUGAAGGGAAGAAAUGUCGAUUGGCAAACGGAAGAUAAUUCCUUUGCAAAUGAAAACCCAAAAGAUUGGAAGGCAAAAAAGGGUACCCUUCAGGAUGGGGACACAGGGCAUCUUCUUGGUAUGAAUCCUCACUGGCUCUCCCACCAAGUAUGUAAAAUUGGAGUAUGCAUUUAUAAGCAUGACAGAUCCUCGUGGAAACAAGAAAGGACACUUGGCAGAGAAUAG